UUAACUUCUGACAGUCUUCUCGAAAUAGGAACAAAACAUUGUGAGAAAAAUACUUCGAGCCGGAAAAAUAAAUUUUGCGAGUACAACAACUUCAAAAUGGAUGUGGACGCUGCACAAAAGACGUGGGAGCUGGAAAAUAACAUACAAACGUUGCCAAACUGUGAUGAAAUCUUUCGUUACGAUGCGGAACAACAGCGUCAAAUAAUCGACGCCAAACCGUGGGAGAAGGAUCCCCAUUACUUCAAGGACAUUAAGAUCUCGGCGUUGGCGUUGCUCAAGAUGGUGAUGCACGCACGCUCUGGAGGCACUCUUGAAGUGAUGGGCCUCAUGCUUGGCAAAGUCGAAGACAACACAAUGAUUGUGAUGGAUGCAUUUGCGCUGCCCGUGGAGGGCACCGAGACACGUGUCAAUGCCCAGGCACAGGCGUACGAGUACAUGACCGCUUACAUGGAGGCGGCAAAGGAAGUCGGACGCCUCGAACAUGCUGUCGGCUGGUAUCACAGUCAUCCCGGCUAUGGCUGCUGGUUGUCGGGCAUUGACGUGUCCACGCAGAUGCUCAACCAGACAUACCAGGAGCCCUUUGUGGCCAUUGUCGUAGAUCCAGUUCGCACUGUCUCUGCCGGCAAGGUUUGCCUCGGUGCUUUCCGUACUUAUCCCAAGGGUUACAAACCACCGAAUGAGGAGCCAUCGGAAUAUCAAACUAUUCCAUUAAAUAAGAUUGAGGAUUUUGGUGUGCACUGCAAGCAAUACUAUCCGCUGGAAAUAAGCUACUUCAAGUCCGCCUUGGAUCGCAAACUCCUUGAUUCGCUGUGGAACAAGUAUUGGGUCAACACUUUGGGUAGCUCCGGAUUGCUUACAAACACCGAAUACACCACCGGACAGAUUAUGGACUUAUCUGAGAAGCUGGAGCAAAGCGAGAACUUCUUGGGACGCGGAACUGAUGUGAAUGAGAAACGCUCGGAAGACAAACUGUCGAAGGCUACUCGCGACUGCAGUCGCUCAACCAUUGAGCUCAUUCAUGGUCUGAUGGCGCAGAUUGUCAAGGAUAAGCUCUUUAACAAAGUUGGCCUAGGCAAAUAGGUCCCAACUGAAGACUUAUCUUUUAUUUCCAUUGAGAUACAUCUACGAAUUCAUAAAAAUAUAAAUACUUUUAAAGAGUGCAUUCUC